AGCUCACGUCAUCACUGCCUUCAACCAAACAAGUCCAACAUCAAAGGAAUCACACGUGAAAACACAGGGAGAAGAUCCGCGCCAACCUACUUUAACAACCGAGUUAUUCAACGCAACGUCUAUCUGUGCAACAGCGUCAGAAGCCCAGUACAAAACACUGAAUAUAAGCAGCUAUUGCUUUAAGCUACGGGAAAAAUCCCUGCCACCCAAGCCGCAAGCAGCCAGCAGUAUGGUGCAAUGCACUGCCAACAAUUCAAUAUGUUUUCACAACCUUGCCCUUGGCAAAGAAUACGUCUUUAAAGCUCACGUCAUCACUGCCUUCAACCAAACCAGUCCAACAUCAAAGGAAUCACACGUGAAAACACAGGGAGAAGAUCCGCGCCAACCUACUUUAACAACCGAGUUAUUCAACGCAACGUCUAUCUGUGCAACAGCGUCAGAAGCCCAGUACAAAACACUGAAUAUAAGCAGCUAUUGCUUUAAGCUACGGGAAAAAUCCCUGCCACCCAAGCCGCAAGCAGCCAGCAGUAUGGUGCAAUGCACUGCCAACAAUUCAAUAUGCUUUCACAACCUUGCCCUUGGCAAAGAAUACGUCUUUAAAGCUCACGUCAUCACGGCCUUCAACCAAACAAGUCCAACAUCAAAGGAAUCACACGUGAAAACACAAGGAGAAGUAUCAACCACUAUUAUGAUCACCACGACCAACGGCAGUGUGCUCAGCACAGACGGGCCUCGGACUGUUGGCGGAAAGGGUGAAGUAAGAAAUAACGUUCAGGGAGCCGGAGAAAUUGCAGCAGGAGUCGUGUGUGCGAUCUUGGCUGCAGUCGUGGUUGCGGGGCUGAUCAUCCGACGAAAAAGAACAGCUGCUUCCUUCUCCUUGAAAUGGUUUCCAGGGCUCGUGAUAUUUUCUACAACAGGAACCCCAAGAGUGGGGCCAGAUGACGCUAAUCCAAUUGAACGGAACCAAGGUGCUGACGAUGGACUCGUUGGUGGUGGACAACCCGAGAGACAUCAGAAUCGCUAUGAAGAGGUGGUUGGAAUGGCAGCGGAUGUACCAGAGGAUUCCUAUGCUGCAGUGGGCGCUGAUGAUAGAGAAUUGAGGUGCGCAGGAGCGAUGGUAGCAGAACCCUGCAACAACAGUGAGAAACGGGCAACAACGAGGUCCCUGGUGCCUAUUGCGGAUAGGGGCAGUGGUCUGUAUUAUGAUGCUCUUGGACCAGGCGAUGAUGUCCACUACGAGAACACAGCGGCAUUCACCUUAGCACGGGCUUGCCAUAAAGAUGAGCAUCAUGACGUUCUAACGUGUAGAGACGACAAUACUUACGACAAUACUGAUUUUCUGGCUAACUCACAAGCUGUAGCAGCCCCUGAAGGACCCCCGAGUCGGGCUCAAGCAUGUGCCAUCUUGAUCGCAUCUAUGGAUGAGGACACGUAUGACAACAAGCCAGCUUUAGAUUCCCAUACCGUGGCUCCGACAUUCCGUGAAAAGUUCCAGUUCUCCAUUCACCCUUUCACCCAGCCUGCUAUGAACGAGAAUUUCUAUGACAACGCAACACUCACCCUGCCACAUAAUUCUACAUCAUUACGGCCAGCUGUAUCUGGGGGCCAACUGAGUUCGAAGUUUUCUUCCAAUAGCAGAGUGAACAAGCUUGAACCUUGCACCCAGCCAGCUGUAGACGAGGAUUUCUAUGACAACACAGCCCUUACUCUGCCAGUUGAUACAACAUCAUUACGGCCAGCUGUAUCCGCAGGCCACAUGAGCGCGAUAUCUGCAUCCAAUAGCCGAGUGAUGAUGCGAGUCGAUGAAGGUGCUUAUGACAACACAGAACUGGUUCGCUCAUUACAGGUUUUACAGCCACGAGUCAAGCAGUCGCAGUCCACGAUUGAUCCUGAUAACGUGUACAACACGUUGCGUGAGUGCUACUCACCGACAGAGGAUGGGAACAUGGGCCUGAACUAUGACGUUCUGGAUCGAUCCAAGAUGAAGGCGUCUUCGGAGUUGAGAAUGAGCCAAGUUGACAUGGCUCAAAGAGACCAUAAGGGAACGUCAGAUGUCACAAUCUGUAAUCCCAUUCAUGUUGCCGUAGCAGAUACCUUCACGACCAAUUGUGGUGCAAGCGAUGCCGAAGACAUCUAUGAUAACACAGUCUUGGAUGGUGUUGUACGCGACAGCAAGCAGGGGUGACCCAACUGCGUCUUUGGAUAUGAUUUCAAUCACCACCAAUAUUUCAGCUUUUUUAUUGCAUAAUUAUUAUCUAUCCACAUUUUCUCUCUAAAAUGCUCACAAAAAUACUCACCUUGAUUUUUUACAUCCACAGGCGAUAUAUAAAAUUAUGAUAGGGCAGCUUCAUCAUUCGUAUGCAGAGGUCACGCAUUUCAUAAACGGAGCACCAGAGCAAAAUGGUCUUAAAUGUGUGUGUUAAAUGUCUUGCUACAACCAAAAUACACAUCGUGCACGUGGGAUGCUUCACAUUCCCCAGAAAAGAUCUAGUUUGAAUACAUACAUGUGCUUCUUAAAAUUAUUUUACGUUGCUAAAUUCACACGGUUCUUGAUUUAGUGGCAACUUUGGCCUCAGAUAAAUCUUGAAUGAAGAAUACCACCUGCCAAGAUGUUCACAUAAUGAUACUUUUCCUUUGCAUGCUUUCUGCUACAUUUUGAUGCCAGUAUCUGCGCCAAGAGCUAACACAUACAAGAUUGUGCCUUGCACUGAUAGCUGUGCCUUUGUAUUCUCUGUUUGUGGAAAUCAAGUCUUAGAGGCUCGAGUGCAUUACUUAUUGCUAUGUUUUAAUGCUAAAUGCUCUGGACUGGUGCCGCUUUGUGUAAGCUGCACGCCUUUUCUUCUAUCACCGUACGUGUUUACAUUUUAGUUACCUUC